AUGCCAAAGUCGUACCCUUUUUUAGAGUCCUUACAACAGUUUCUGUCAGUAAAAGAAGUGGACAGCGCUGUACUGUCAAGUUUCCAAUCUCACACAACCGAUAUUGAGAAUUACUACUCUGAUAUUUGGGACGGAACUUUUGUUAAAAGUAUCCCUAGUUUCAUUCGUGAAAAUGGUGCAAUCCUUUGCUUUCAAAUUUACAUAAACGAAGUUGAGCUCGCAAACCCUUUGGGUAGUAAAAAGGGUAAACAUAAAGUUUCCGUAUUUUACUGGGUGUUGUUGAACCUCCCUCCUCAGUUUCGCUCAUCCCUGCGUAGCAUUCAAUUACUUGGGAUCGUCAGCUGUGAUUUGUUGAAGCAACGUGGGUCUGAUGUUUUUUUAAGAUCUUUUAUAGAGGAUUUGAUUCGUUUUGAAAAUGGUGUAACUCUAACAGUCCGGAACGAAAAAAAAAAGUGGUUUGGUGUUUUACUGAAUUUUACUGGUGAUAUGCCAGCCUACAACUUUGUGGGUGGGUUCAAAGAAUGGGUGGGUUUUGCUAAAUCUCCAUGUAGAACUUGUACUAUUCAUCGUGACAACUUGGAAACAAUUCAUUGCGAAAUCGAUUGCAUUUUACGUGAUAAAUUGUCCCAUGAAAAACAAGUUUUGGAAUUAGAAAUAGUCGAUCAAACACAAGCCGCAAGAGAUGCUUUGUCUUGUCAGUACGGUGUAAAUCGUAGGUGUCCUUUUUCCGUUUUGAGAUACUUUUAUGCCACUAAAUGUUUCAUGCAUGAUCUUAUGCACAUUUUUUAUGAAGGAACUCUAAAUCUCGAAACAGCUUUACUGCUUCGAGUUCUCAUACCUGAUGACUCAUACAUUAUUGCAACAGUUAAUUACAACAUCUCAACGCUUAAGAGUGGCCGAGAGUUCACAUCUCCUCCUCCAUUUAGAAAAAGUGAAAUAUUGGAUUCAAAAAAGUUGUCUUUCUCGUCUUCCGAGAUGUCAUCAGUUGCAAUGUGUCUUGCAAUUGUUUUGGGGGAAUUUGUUAGUAGCGAAAAUCCUUAUUUUGCAAACUUCCUUCUGCUUCUCGAAAUAAUGACGUCCCUUCAGUCUUAUUCCUUUACUGAAAAGCAAUUGGCAGUGCUACAGAAAAAUAUCGAGAUUCACAACAAAAAUCAUGUGUUUUUAUAUCCGAAGCCAACUGAUUCCGCUGGAAAAGCGAUCUUUUCUAAACUACAUACACUUAUCCAUUUUCCCAGCCAAAUCAAACAGUUUGGCCCCCCCCGCUUCUCGUGGUGUUUCCGUUAUGAGUCAAAGAACGCCCCGUUUAAGAAAAUUAUGCGAAGGAAUUGUAACUUCCAUUACGUCCCUUGGACGUUAGCCUCUCACCAUCAAAAACUUGUUGGCAUGGACAUAAGAAUUGAUGGCGAAGGUCACUAUUUUGGUAAAUUUGAAGAUUAUUCAGUAAAUGAAAGCCAUACCCCUUUUGCUGUGAAAUAUGCGCGAUGGUGUAAUAUCUUGUGCGACGCUACUCCAUUGGGGGAAAUUCAAAAAUUCAAUCCAUUAAACAAAUCACCAUGGCUGGGAGGAAAUUUCAACACAUCAAAGCUUACACGAGUUGAGGAUCUAAUCAUUUGUAAAUACGAUGAGGAUUUCGGACAACCAAUUGAAGUUCAUUCAGAUGUGGUUUUGUUUGAUAAAGACAUAGUAAUGGUAAGGCUGCGUAAACCUGUAGUUGAAUUCAGUGAGUGUGAGGAGCCAGAAAAUGUAUCGAACAAUGGUGACAUCAGUGAAGAUGCAGAAAGUACAGACUUUCUUAACAGCAGCUUGGAAGAAGACAGGAUGUAUACAAGGCCUUCUGGUUCUAAGACCACUGUAAAUAGAAACCAUCUCCAAGCCGAUUCAGACGGAGAGAUAGCCAGAGAUCAGGCGACUGAACCGGAAAUUUCAAAACAACUAAGUAAAUAA